GGGAGGAGAAGCUGAGAGCGGCUGGAAUGAUGGCUGAUGAGGAGGAGGAAGCGAAGCAGGUCUUGCAGAAAUUGCAGGAACUGGUGGAUCGGCUCUACUGUUUUCGAGACAGUUACUUUGAGACACACAGUGUGGAAGAUGCAGGACGGAAGCAGCAGGAUGUGCAGGACGAGAUGGAGAAGACCCUGCGGCAGAUGGAGGAAGUACUUGGUUCUGUCCAGGUUGAGGCACAGGCUCUAAUGCUCAAGGGGAAGGCACUGAAUGUGACUCCUGAUUACAGCCCGGAGGCCGAGGUGCUGCUCUCAAAGGCCGUGAAGCUGGAGCCUGAGCUGGUGGAAGCCUGGAACCAGUUGGGUGAGGUGUACUGGAAGAAAGGAGAUGUUGCGGCUGCCCACACCUGCUUCUCAGGAGCCCUCACCCACUGCAAGAACAAGGUCUCUCUGCAGAACUUGUCCAUGGUGCUCCGCCAGUUGCAGACCGACUCCGGAGAUGAACAUUCUCGCCACGUCAUGGAUAGUGUCCGACAGGCCAAGUUGGCCGUGCAGAUGGACGUCCUUGAUGGCCGCUCCUGGUAUAUCCUGGGGAAUGCAUAUCUUUCUCUUUAUUUCAAUACUGGCCAGAACCCUAAGAUCUCCCAGCAAGCCCUCAGUGCCUAUGCUCAAGCAGAGAAGGUCGACAGGAAAGCAUCCAGCAACCCUGACCUUCAUCUCAACAGGGCGACGUUACAUAAAUAUGAAGAGAGUUAUGGGGAGGCCCUAGAGGGCUUCUCUCAGGCUGCCACGCUGGACCCUGCAUGGCCAGAGCCCCAACAACGAGAACAGCAGCUCCUGGAAUUCCUCAGUAGGCUGACCAGCCUCCUGGAGAGCAAGGGGAAGACAAAACCCAAGAAGCUUCAGAGCAUGCUGGGAAGCUUGCGCCCGGCCCAUCUGGGCCCUUGUGGCGACGGGCGCUAUCAGUCAGCCACCGGGCAGAAGGUGACCCUGCAGCUCAAGCCACUGAGUACGCUGCAGCCCGGUGUGAACAGCGGCACCGUGGUCCUGGGAAAGGUGGUGUUCAGCCUGACCACGGAGGAGAAGGUCCCCUUCACAUUUGGCUUGGUAGAUUCAGACGGUCCCUGCUAUGCCGUGAUGGUGUAUAAUGUGGUGCAGAGCUGGGGAGUGCUCAUUGGGGACUCUGUAGCCAUUCCUGAGCCCAACCUGAGGCAUCACCAAAUUCAGCACAAGGGAAAGGACUAUUCCUUCUCCAGCGUUCGCGUGGAAACGCCUCUUCUGCUGGUGGUGAAUGGAAAGCCACAGAACUCCAGCAGCCAAGCCUCUGCCACAGUGGCUUCAAGGCCACAGUGUGAAUGAUCUUGAGGAGGCAGUGAUGGCACAGCAUAGAUAAGCUACCGUGGGUGUUGUAAAUGGGGAUUUCUCUUCCCCGGCCCUGUAACAUAGUUGAGUCUCUUUCCUUUGCCCUGCUGUAUUCCAGCCCUCUUCAGAGCCAUUGGGACCCUUGUUUAUUUCCCCCACCUCUUCAAGUGCCGACUUGAGGGAAGAACAAAGCACUAGAGAACUGUUGGGAGGGACCAUGCCAUGGGAGACUCAGGACCUGAGAUGUUUACCAGUCCACGAGAUCCCUGAUCACCCUUCCGAGUCUAAUAUGUAUAUACAUAUCGCUUUACUAUUUAUUGUUGACGGAGCUCAACUUUCUAAUGGCUUCAUUUUUGAGCAGUUUUUAAAUCUUUUUUUAAUUUUUAGGUUUAAGUUCUGAUGGGUGUGGUGACACACCUUUAAAAGGUAGAUCUCUAUGAGUUCGAGGCCAGCCUGAUCCUCUACAGUGAGUUCCAGGCGACCCAGAACUACAUAGCAAGAUUGUCUUUAAAAAUAAAAAAAGUUCUUUCUCUUUUUUUAGGGCUGGAACAAAAUUAAAUUUGUUUGGAGAAGAAUUUACCCUAUA